CAUAAAGAUGGCCGCGACUGGACAGGCGGUUACUCCGAGUGGAAGGCACUACGCAUUGACACUUUAUCUGGGAUUUUAAUAAACUACACAUGAUAAUUAUUUUCAUGUUCCAGUAAUAGGUUGCCUCAGCGUUCAAGGUUCUGAUUGUUCAUGAUGGCGACGGGCGGCACACCAUUUGAAGAUGGCACAGAUGAGCAGGAGCUGCACAACUGGAGCAUCUCCAAUGGAAGCUUAGAUGACCGACUCAACAAUAUGGAUUGGGGAGUGCAGCAGAAGAAGGCAAACCGCUCCUCUGAGAAGAACAGGAAGAAGUUCUCUGCUAUGUCAGAGAGCCGGCUAACCAAUGACAUUUCUCCGGAGUCCACGCCUGGAGCAGGACGACGGAGGGCACGCACACCCCAUUCCUUCCCUCAUGUGAAGUACAGCACUCAAAUGUCUGUGCCAGACCAGGCUGAGCUCGACAGACUCCGGCAGGUGAUAAACUUCACAGACCUAGAUGAGAGAAGUAUUGGCAGUGACUCUCAAGGCCGUGUCACUGCAGCCAACAAUCAGAGACAGCUGUCAACUGAGGCCAAGAAACCAUUCAACUUCCUGCCAAUUCACCUCAACACUAACAAAAGCAAAGAGCCCACUGCAUCCACCUCUUCUACACCUGGGGGCAAGGAACCCAAGAAACAGAGUCCUGGGAAAGAGCUGUUUGCCCCAGUGCCAGCAGUGGUUAAAGAGCCUUUUAGUCUAGACUGUGCCCUACAGUUUGGAUUGGAGGAUGAAAAAGCAGAGCUUAGCAUUGACAGCAGUCAGGUGGUCAGCAAACUGGUGCAAAUUCGUGAAUACAUCGGGAAGGCCACAUCCAUGAGAGACGACCUGGUGGAAAAGAACGAUGUGCCUGCAAAUGUGGAACGUCUCUCUCUCCUUAUCACUCACCUGAAAGAACAGGAGAAGUCUUACCUGCGUUUUCUUCAGAAGAUGUUGGCGAGGGAAAAUGAGGAUGAGGAGGAUGAUGAAGGUGCCACAGUGGACUCUGCAGUGGGUUCAGGCUCAGUGGCCGAGAGCACGUCUCUGAACCUGGAGCCACGCUCUGAAGCCUCCAGUGCCACUGGCCAUGGUGUGUGUGGAGAACAGAAAGAAGAGCUGGAGAACAUGAGAAAGCAGCAUGAUCUACUAAAAAAGAUGCUAGAACAGCAGGAACAACUCCGAGCACUACAAGGCCGUCAGGCGGCACUGCUGGCCAUGCAGCAAAGUGCUGAACAAGCAAUAGCAGUGAUGGAUGACACUGUUGUUACAGAGACUACUGGAAGUGUGUCUGGAAGGAGCAUUACCUCAGAGCUCAAUGAUGAACUCAACGAUCUUAUCCAGCGCUUUCAUAACCAACUGCAUGAUUCUCAGUCUCAGACGGUCCCUGACAACCGACGACAGGCAGAAUGUCUCUCUCUUUCAAGAGAGGUGUGCCGAUCACGCACUACCCAUAAUUCCAGGAGUCAGUUGCCCUCCUCUGCCCCACUAACUACUGCAUCAACAUCCUCCAGCACUAAACCCACCAAACUGCUGGAACUACAGGACAAAAAGCAGACCAUGGACAAGAUCCUUCAGGAACUCCACUCCCUUAGAGACCAGACCCUUAACAACAGUUCAUGUCAGAGUGUCAGUCAGCGUGGUACACACAUGGGCAUGUUAGAGCGUCCCUAUGUAUUGGGUAGAGAGGGAAAUGGACCACGUCCAGUGAGGCAGGACUCUUCCUCAUCUUACACGCAUAUAGAUGAUAACCACCCUGCUGAUAAACUCAGGAAACUUAAGGAGGUGCACAAACGUUUGAAUGAACUAAGAGAGCUUGUUCAGUAUUAUGAACAGACAUCAGAUAUGGUGGUGAACACAGUAAAUGAGAAUGUGAAGGAAGAUGAUGAUGAAACAGAGGACGGUUCACUUUUUGAGGCCAUGUUUGAUUCAGAGCAGGAGAACCAUGAACCAGUCACUAACAUCAGAAAUCCAGCCCAACCACAGACUCCGAGUAACUGGAUGGACAUGAACAGUUUGGGGAAAGCUCACAGUGCCUCCAAUAAUAGAGAUGGCCGUCUGAACACAGAAUGUGAAAUCAAUAACCGCUCAGCAGCCAACCUUCGCAGUCUCAACGUCCCUUCAUUCAUAGAAUGCCAAUUCAAUCGGGACAGGCCUUGUGAUGGUGUUAAAGAUGAGGGUGAUGAUGAGGCACUGGAGGAAGAUGAUGGGGCAAGAGGAGGCAGAGACUGUGACGGUUCAGGCUCCAGUCAUAGAAGCAGUCUAGGUGGUGACACAGAUUAUGCUCAGAAAGUCCGUCGUCUUCAAACAGCCAAACAGAAACUCCGACAACUCCAAGAACUGGUGGCCAUGGUGCAGAGUGAUGAUACAGAUGGUACUACAGCUAAUGAGGAUGAGGGUUUGCAGCAACAACCCAAUAACACCCGAGCAACAGCUCCCAAAGGCCAGAGAGACCUCGCCCUCUCUGAAAAGACCAGAGAGAAAUUGUAUGAGGAGAAACUCAAGCAGCAGCAGCAGGAACUUAAGCAUCUACAUGAAGAGAGACGGAGACUGAUGGAGAUUCAGGGCAAGAUACAGGACUUACAAUGGGCUUGUCCUGACCUGCAGUCGUCUGUGAGCAGUAGUGUCAGUGGACAGAUGAAGAAGAUUCCUGCAGCAGCCUCUACUCCUGCUCCUGUACCGUUACACUCCUCUUCCUCCGCUAAAGCCAACACAAGUGGCCUCAAACCCACCACUGAACCUCCUCCAGUUACUGUCACUGACAAUGAGCUGUGGUCGGAGAUGCGAAGGCAUCAGAUGUUGCGUGAGGAGUUGAGACAGAGGCGGAAGCAUUUGGAGAGUCUGAUGGCAGAACAGCAGAGGAGAAGCACACUCAACGAUUCUUCAUUCAGGAGUGACACACAUGAGACCCAGUCCUACAGCCGUGAUGAAAGAACCGUGGCCACCUGGGGUGGUUCGACACAGUGUCCCCUUGGUGAUGAUGAUGAUUACUCCUCUGAGGUGGGGGCUGAGGAAGAUGACGAUGAUGAACAUGAUGAGGGAGAGGAGUCGAGUUCCACCGAUGAGAUGCAUGCUUGCUCCAUUCAAAAACAACGCAACUACAGCAGGAAUAGCAGAGAUGGUCUGAAAGUUCACAGGGAAAUUAAUGGGAGUCCUUCCCCCCGUGGAUCAAGGGGUCGCCCUCGUCAGCAGCCGCAAACUGAAAGAGGUAGUUCCAGUAGAGCCAAGCGGCAAGAGAACCUGCGAUGGGCAGCUGAUCUGUCUCUCUCUGAGGGCGCGACACCAACACACUGGCAGGAACAGAUCACACACCUCCAGAAACAGCUCAACUUCAGCACUACCAUGUGCCAAACCUUGCUACAGGAUCAACAGACUCUUUCAUACAUGCUUCAGGCUCUACUCACAGGCCCCUAUGGUGUUGUAUCCAAUAAUGGGACCUCUCAAAUCCCUCUUAUCAUGCACCAGCUAAACCAGUGUUACACACAGCUGGCUUGGCAGCAGAACAAUGUCAAUCGGUUGAAACAGGUUCUGAAUGAUCUGUUACGGCAGCAGCAGAGUCAGUCAUUGUCAGGACAACAGCAACAUCAACAUUUUGGCCAUGAUUCUGCAUCAUCUUCUCUGUUCGUAAACUAUCCUCCUGUGAAUACACUCAAUAUGCCUGGACUCCCAAACUUCUCCAGUUUCCCAACUGGCUUUAAUUUCAGUCCCAUAUUUCCCUCUUCAGUAGGAGAUUUUCAGCAGAACCUGGCCAGUUCAGAUCAACAGCAUGAUCCAAACAUAUCCCUCAAAACGGAAUACAUGAGUUUCCCCCCUCCACUACAGAGAUCUCCAUUGAAUAAUGCAGAGAAACGGUUUCAGUCUCAACCUGACAAUGUGCCCGAUGCUAACAACUCUAGCUGGUUAAACUCCUCUCUGAAUCGCUCUGGUCAGAGAACCACCCUCACCUCUGACCAUCAAAGUCAAAUAGAGCAGAACUCCCCUUCCUCCUCUCCUGUCCCUCACCCUUCCACUUCCCGGGAUCUUUCUUACAUACCUGACUCCCAGGAGUCUAUAAGCAGCCUUCCAGAUAGGGCAGAUCCAACCAUUGUCACCAAGACUUUCAGAGCAGGACGUAAGGCUGCAGCACAGGCCAGCCUGGCUUCUAGAGACAAGACCCCCAACACAAAGAGCCGCCGCAGGAGAGGCAGGGAACAAAAGGUCACAGCAUCUGUGGACAGUGACAGUGCUUCGAGUGACUCUCACUUUGAUCAGGACAGAGAGCGCUCCUCUCAGGUCAGACACAAAGAUCUCAACCAGGGUCUGCUAGACAAACUCACACAGGAAAAAUUGGACAGCAAGACCAAGAACAGCAAGCCAAAUGACCUAUCAUCUGCAUAUGCUUGGAGAACACCUUUUCUCUCUAACAGAAUUGCAUGCACUGAAGUCCCAGAUGUGAGCAGUGAUUUCUCUCUGUUUGAGGCCCUGAGAGAGACGAUCUACUCUGAGGUAGCAACGCUGAUCUCUCAGAAUGAGUCUCGCCCUCACUUCCUCAUCGAACUUUUCCAUGAGCUUCAGCUGCUCAAUACAGACUACCUUCGCCAGAGGGCCCUCUACUCACUACAGGACAUUGUAACAAGGCACCUGACUGAGAAGAGCGUGGCAGAUGAGCAGGCAUCUUCUUUGGGUCCGACUGUAUGGGCCACAGGCUCCCAGUCAGAGCUCACACCUAGUGAGAGCUUGGCUACCAGCGACAAUGAUACAUCUGAGAAGAUUGUAACAGUUAAGUCCAACUCUGUACUGAAGAGGGCAGCAGAUAGAGACUCGAUGGACAACGAGAGCCUGCUGUCCACCUCUUCCAACCUCGAACCCUUUGCUAGUGAUGACCUGGGUAACACAGUAAUUCAUUUAGAUAAGGCAUUGGCCAGGAUGAGGGAGUAUGAGCGCAUGAAGCUGAGGGCUGAGUGUAGCACAGAUAACCCUGAGCACAGCCCUGGCGCUGCUGCUGGUGCCGCCUCAGCACUCACUCAAGGUGCAGGACAUUCAUCUACAGAUGCACAUUGUCCUCAGAUUGACACGCAACAGCUUGACAGACAGAUCAAAGCUAUCAUGACAGAAGUUAUUCCUUUCCUAAAGGAGCAUGUUGGGGAGGUGUGUUCACACCAGCUGCUCACAUCUGUGAGACGCAUGGUGCUCAAACUCACUCGACAAAAUGACGAAAGCAAAGAGUUUGUUCGGUUCUUCCACCGACAGCUGGGCGGCAUCCUGCAGGACUCCUUGAGUAAGUUUGUUGGGCGGACGCUGCAAGACUGCGGUGAGGACCUGCUAGUAGAGAUCUCUGAGAUCCUCUUUAAUGAGCUUGCCUUCUUCAGACUGAUGCAGGAUUUAGAUCAGAACACCUCCAAAAGCAAACACCGAACCAAGAGGCGCUCUGAUCGAACAUCUCCAAAACACUCACCUCACAACGAGGAGGUGAAAACUCUAGAGAGAGAAAAUACAUUCUCCCCAUCAUAUUUUGAUGAAGACAGAGAUCAGGAUGAGACUGAGCAGGGUGGGAUGCUUCAUGAGGGGGAAGAGGACAAGGAGAAAGAUGCACAGAGCAGUGAAGCAUCUGAGGUGGAAGAAGAGGAGGGAGAAGCGCUGCCUCUUUCUAUAAGCCUGUCUAAAGCAGAGACACAGGCUCUAUGCAACUACGGCAGUGGAGAAGAUGAAAAUGAAGUGGAGGAGAUGGAGGAGUUUGAGGCUGGACCUGUUGAGGUGCAAACGUCAUUACAAGCCAGCAUGGACAACACUAGUGAACACAGCCAGGGCUCUGCCUUACGAAACGAAGCCCCCCAGGAAACCAAAUCAGACUUAGAAAACUCAGAAAGCAGCCAAUUGAAAAACAUUAAAUCUGAGUCCAAAGACAUGUUUCAGCCUCCAGAGGAGGGCAGAGAGGAGGCAAAAACUGGUUCGGUAGAUGAAAGACGGGAGGAGGAGGAGGAGGACUGUACUGUUUCUCCAGCCCAGGAAACUCCACAGAGCUCAGAUACAGCCAGUCCUGACACAGAGUCUCCAGUCAUGAUCAACACUGAUGAGGCGGGAUCUGGAAAUACCAGCCAGAGAUCAGAUGAGGAAGAUUUUGUGAAGGUUGAGGAUCUUCCUCUUCAAAUGUCUGUUCUUUGUGAGGAAGAGCUUUGUAAGAGGAUCUCAGAAGAGCAGCAGAAUAAUAACUUAACAGCUGAAAUUCUGAAUGGAAAUAAAGAAGAGAUUACAGGAUUGGUGGGAAAUGCUCAAGCACUCAAAGAGCCUGAAACCAUUGGAGCUCAGAGUGCAUGAGAAUGGUAUUUUGAUCCAUCUUACACUGCAAAUCAUCAUUCAUGCAACAUUACUGUAUAAUGAGCUUAAUACCUUAAGAUUCCUUGGAAACAACAGCUAAGCUAAGUCUUGGUGAAUUAGCCUGUCAGCAUGUGUGAUCUAACAGUUCAAGAGACGUUAAAGAAGUCUCUCUACACUUGUAAUCGUUUUAUUUGGAUUGUUUUAUGAAGAAUGUAGGAGAGAUGUUUUGAAGGGGCUCUGUCUUUAAGCCUGCAAGUACUUUUUCUGUGUUUCUUUGUUCAGCCAGAACUCUCAGUAAAAGCUCCUUCAAAUGCUUCGGUUUAAGAGAUGCAAAUCAUUUUUGUGUUCCUAUGUUUAGCAUGGUUUGGCUUUUGUGUUUGCAUUUCUUUCUAGGAUUCCUUCCCAGACCGCUAUGAUUAUUUGCCAAUGCAAUACAUAAAGGACAAUAGAUGUUUUUUUUUUUUCUGAUUCAGGACAAAACUUAAGCACAUUUUGAAAAAAACUAAACAAAAUCCCUAUUUAAAUGUAUUUGACUUGACCCAGAAUACAUAAUGAAAUGUGUAAUGGAUAGAGCAGAAUCGCAUAUUAGCACUGGUACAUUAUCCUGUCCUUUCUUAUUGCACUCUUUUAAAUGUUUUCUCUUGCUUUUAAUUUUUACCUUUUUUAAGGCAUGUUGGCCAAUGCUUGGGUUCUCACCCCAUUUCAUCUCAUGUAAUUCUCCAAUGUUUAGAUUAUUAAAAUAAAACAUUGAUUUUUACCACUUCAUGCAGUGAUUGCUCUCUUUAUCCCAUUUGCACAAAACCUGCUUUGGUAAGUGUUUAUUUUGCAAAAUGUUGACUGAUUUCCACAAGUAUUGUAUCUCCAUGAUUUAUUGAUGUUAUUUGUGCAAAUUUGUUUAUUGCUUUAUGUACAUUCAUUUCUUUCGGUUUGAUCAUUUUCCUUCAUGCAUUUGUUAGUUAACAGCGCUGAUGAGGUUAAAUAAAGUUAUGAGGCACCAGUAGUGUUGAUUAUCAAGUUGUUCCACUGUGCAUAUUUCUGUAUGUUA